AUGCCUCUCUCCGACUUCGCAAAGGACAAGAUCAGAUCCCUCCAUCUGUCCAAGCACCCCAAGACUACAUCUUACAACACGACGUCUUACGGUCUCGGUGGCAGUCAUCCUCUUGACGACAUCCCUGCGGCCCCCAUCACGCCUCGGACGGCAGACCCAUUGGUAUCCAGCUUUCCACGGUCACCCUCUCCAUCCCCAGAGCGAGAGCGCGAAGGCACGGCCCAGACCAAGGCUUCUUCUACAGCUGCCAGCUCCGUGAAGUCCAACUCGUCUCGCAAAGAGCCUCUCUAUGAUGAGACUGCGUUACACAUGAGCGCCUCGCCACCUCUGACCUCCUUCCUCAAUGACCGCCACUCCGCUUCCUCCGCCCGAGAGGAAGCCUGGCUGAAGGAUGCUCACCGUCUCCGCCUUGCCCGUUUCGCGCUGUCAAUCCUCACUCUUGCAAUAUCCGCAUCAGCGCUUGGGGUCUCCGGCGCCACCCUCCGCGCAUACCACGCCACGACCCUAAGUGGGAAUGGAAGCGGCACAUGGCAGCUUCGCCUGUGGCCUGUGGACAUUGACCUUCGGCCCACCAUCGCGACUCUGUCCUGUGCCGGCAUCAUCGCUCUGGCAAACUUGAUGUACAUUGCCGUCUCGAUCAUUCCCUCGCCUCGGUCCCGCACUACCCUUACCACCCACCUUUUCACCAUCGCCACCGCGCUGACUCUCAUCCUGUCGCUCUUCGCCACCAUCUUCGUCCAGGCCCUCGUCCACCAGGUCAACCCCGACGACCGUCGAGACAGUAUCCAGUCUUUCACCUGCCGCCUCUACCGCAGCGCCGAGACAUUCAAUUCUGACAUGGCCGAUCUGAACCUCCCAAGUCUCGGCACCGGCAUUGGCUGGCCCAGUGGAUUCAAGCGGACUUGUAGGGAGAGCGAAGCUGCGGGCGGGUUGAUGGCGGCGGUGCUGGUGCUGAGCGUCGUCAGCCUGGCGGUCGUCUCGCUCGGGUUGUGGAAACGGAAGGGCGUGCAGAAGGCGCGGGCGGAGAGGUGGGAGGGCAAGUGGUCCUCGUAG